AUGUCUACACUUUGCCUUAAUCGACUCUCUGAAGAACGAAAACAAUGGCGGAGGGACCACCCUUUCGGAUUCUACGCGAAGCCGUAUCGCAACUCUCAAGGUGUCCUUGAUUUGAAACGAUGGGAGUGCGGGAUCCCUGGAAAAGCGAAGACGGUGUGGGAAGGCGGACUGUUCAAACUUGACGUUAUCUUUCCUGAUGAAUACCCCACGAAGCCACCGAAGUGCAAAUUCGUUCCACCACUUUUCCACCCAAAUGUUUACCCUUCGGGAACCGUGUGCUUAUCCAUCCUAAGCGAAGAGGAUGCGUGGAAGCCGGCCAUCACUGUCAAGCAGAUCCUUCUAGGCAUCCAGGACCUGCUUGAUGACCCCAACCCAGAAUCUCCCGCCCAGGCAGAAGCGUACAAUUUGUUUAAGAAGGACCGGCCAGCUUAUGAGAAGAAGGUCCGCCAGGUUGUGAAGGAGAAUCCUGCGAUGUGA